GGACCGCGGUCCUUGAUCCUCUCGCGCCACCUAAAAACUGCCGGGCCCUUGGGGGCGGGUCACUUGUCGACCCCAAUGAGCCCUGCAGUUCGGGCCGCGUCGUGGGUCCAGGGUAGGGCUGGAGCGGCUUCCCCACUCUUGGCUGUUUGGAAGGCCGUAGGCACGACUCCGGGCCUGGGAAGUGACCAGUCGGUGCCAGAGGGCCGGGACUGGGGGCCUUCUCCCUCACUCCCACUCCCCAGAGUUAGAGUAUUCGGACCCAUUUAUUCCCUGCUUCCCCUUAUUUUCACCCCUGGAUCCCGGGUUCAGCACAUCUGUACUGCUUUGUGCUGAUAGCAGUAAAAUAUAGUACAGUAAAAAAAUAAUGUGAAACUUUUGAAUUAGAAAACUUGACCUUUUAGUUCCAUUGAAGCAUCCCUAAUGUAGGGCAGGUUGUUUUAUUCGGCGCCUUCACCGGUAAAAAGGGGUUUAUGACCGCAUCUGUCACUGAGUUAUUUGUGAGGCGUUGACAUAGUUUAGAUCUCUGUCGAAAUGUGUUCUUUUAAACAUUCCCUAUUUCUUCUUCGUUGAGGAUCAUCGAGUAAGAAUCUUAAUCGAUUUUUUAAAAUCCUGAGUCAGGGAGAUGCACCUAGGUUUGACUCUUUAAAUUAAAUCAUCUAAAAUUAGAAAAGAAAUUUUAUAUGUGAGUUACUGUAUCUGGAGCACUAAGUUCAGAAUUUAUUUUAAAAAGUGGGGGGAGUUUUUAUAGAAAGGAAAGGAUAAAAUAUGUGCCUCAUUGUUUCUGUAUUUGAUAUAAUUAAAUGAACUUUAUGGUAUCUGUUCACAGUGUUUAAUAAACUGAUGUAGGAUCAUUUUUGUGUUGCAAGGUUCAGGAAAUAGUUUGAUAGUAAAAAAAUGAGAACCCCAAUGGGAGUUCCUACAUACAGAUCACAAAUGCAGAGAACAAACUGGUGGUUACCAGAGGGGAGAGGGGUGAGGAGAUAGACAAAAUGGAUGAAAGGUUUGAGGAGGUACAGGCUUCUAGUUAUAAAAUAAAUAAGUCACAGAGAUGAAAAGCACAGCAUAGAGAAGAUAGUCAACAAUACAGUAAGUGUAGUCUGUAAUACGGUAUACUGUGAGGAGCAUUGAGUAAUGUAUAGAAUUGUCUAAUCAUUGUGUUUGUACACCUGAAACUAACACUGUAUAUCAUCAAUUCUUCAAUAAUAAAAAGUGAAAAUUCCAGAAGAACUAAUAAAACAUAAAGUAAUUUUGAUGGGUCUCAGUAGACUCUGAAAAGCUGGGAAGAACUUGGAAAUCCUUUAGUACAGUCAUUAUAUUUUACAAUGAAGUAACAGGCCCAGAGACGCUAUUAGUCAUAAGUGAUAAAUUUAAACCUAAGUUUAGUUCCUUUGGCACUAGUAAAAUCUAAUGCCACAUUAGGAUUGAAUACUGUUAAACUUGUGAAAUUAGAAAGAAAUUAGUAUCUUAAGGGAAGUCCAACUCUGGAACUUCUCAGUAGCCAUUCCAAACAAAAUCAAGUGAUAGGGCUUUAAUUAGAUUUAAUUCUACAAAUAUUAAUGCCCUCUGUAUAAGUAGGACAUAAAUAAAAGUUAAAUACAGUCUCUAUCCUUAAGCUUAUAAUCUUCUAAGGAAAUAAUUAGUGCUGAAAUAAGACAAUAGGUAGAACAAAAAAGGCUACCAGAGAGAAAUCUAAUUUGGAAGUUCAAGAAAGACUCAAUGGAAGAGAAAACAUCUGAGAAGAGCCUUGAAAGACUGGUAGGAUUUCAACAAAUGAAUCAGAAGCCUGAGAAAUGAUCUUGAUGGAUAAAAUAAAGCAGAUAUAAUUCACCUCUAGAAAGAUUAUUUAUACCCUGGCAUUUGAAAUGUUUUGUAUUUAGUGUCAUAGUAAAAAUGGAAAAAGGGAAAGUAAAUGAUGAUGGAAAACCAGACCCAGAAAAUUCCUUGGACUUUUCUGAACAUUUUAACCAACUUGAAUUGUUGGAAACACAUGGACACCUUAUUCCCACUGGUACCCAAAGUCUCUGGGUAGGGAAUUCUGACGAAGACGAGGAGCAAGAUGAAAAAACUGAAGAGUGGUAUCAAUUGCAAGAAAAAAAGAUGGAAAAAGAUCCAAGCAAAUUGCUUCUUUGGGCUGCGGAAAAAAAUCGGCUUACCACAGUGCGGAGACUGCUGUCUGAAAAGGCCACUCACGUGAACGCUAGAGAUGAAGAUGAAUAUACCCCUCUUCAUCGAGCAGCCUACAGUGGACACUUAGACGUGGUGCGUGAGCUGAUCGCACAAGGGGCAGAUGUCCAUGCAGUGACUGUGGAUGGCUGGACACCCCUGCACAGUGCUUGUAAGUGGAAUAAUACCAGAGUAGCUUCUUUCUUACUCCAGCACGAUGCAGAUAUUAAUGCCCAAACAAAAGGCCUCUUGACCCCCUUACAUCUCGCUGCCGGCAACAGGGACAGCAAAGAUACCCUGGAGCUCCUCCUGAUGAACCGCUACAUCAAACCAGGCCUGAAAAACAACUUGGAAGAAACGGCCUUUGAUAUUGCCAGGAGGACAAGUAUCUAUCACUACCUCUUUGAAAUUGUGGAAGGCUGCACAAAUUCUUCACCUCAGCCAUAACGGUUCUAAUAAUUUUCUUGAGUUCCCAAGUACCAGUGCCUCCUUUGUGUGAGAUAGGACAUAUCCCCAUGAUACAAGGUUGACAUCAAAAGUUUCACAGUAGAAAUCCAGUGGUACACAUUCAAAUGCCCUUCCAAGCGACAUGCCUAACCUUGAUGUCAAAAUAUAUUUGAAAGUUGUUUGGAUACAUCUUUACUGAUCUAUGUGGACUUUGUAAUUUUUAUCAGAAAUAAUUUUAACACACUUAAAAACUUGUAACGGGUUGUACAGAAAACAUGAUAUUUUUGGUGCUGAUCCAAGAGAAGUGUAUUUUUAAAUAUUCCCCCAUCCUGGGUCUUUGUGGAGUAUUUAGUAUAUUGACAUGUAUUUUUAUAAGGUGAGGUAACUCAGAAUUUAAUUUAAAAAAUUCAAGUAUACUGGUGCAGUUCAGCUGUCUUCUCCACAUCACUAUGGCCAUUUGCUUUCAUUUUAAACCGUAAGAACUAACUUACUAGUGACUUGAAUUGUCACAAGUUUAAGAAAAUGUUAAAAGAGCUUAGAUCUUUGUCUUUUAGAGCGUAGACCAUUUUUAGCAAAGUAGUUAGCUAAAGUGUUUAGUCCAUGAAUGUUAUAUACUUUGCCUCCGCUACCACAGUUCACACAAUCCUGUGGACAGUCCUACCUCACCCUGGUCAACCCACAUGAUCCUUCUUCCAUUGGUGAGUCAGCAUGACAGUUUAGACAUGCACACAACUCUACCUUGGUCCAAGAGAUCAUAAUAUAUCUGCUCGCCAACUGGUUUUACCUGCCUAAUCCUGUUUGGGGCACUGCUCAGAUGGUCUCUCUCGUUCACAGGAAGUAUCGAUUUUUCCAAGGUCCUCCUUUUAUACAAAUCCUACAAAGGCAAAGAGACAAGGGAAAAGGAAUUCUAAGAGUGAAGGGAUGAUGAUUAUACUGGGGCUAGAUUAUAAGUGGCUCAGGCUUUAAAAAGCCACAGUGUAGAUGGUGACACAAGUAUAAAUAUGAAUAUUCAGAAAAAAAUAAAAGCUUUGAACAACAAAAAUGGCACCAAUUCUUUUUUUUUUUUUUUUUUACUAGCACAUAUCUCCCUUGGACCCAUAACCUAUGUAUUCAUGGAGCAUACAUUGAUUGAGCAACUACUCGCUCAGUCUCCCCAGCAGGAGUUUCUCACUGACUACGUAGCCUCUCUGUGACUAUUCCCAAAGGGUUUUUUCUCUUAACUUCUUAACACUGAGGAAGGAAAAGGAAACUAAACCAAUGGCCCUCUUCUUCAGUUAUAUAUUCACCAAGGUUUGUCUUUUUGAGCCAGCUCAUGUGAUCCAAUCACUCUGGAUUAACUAAUAAUGUUAUUUAAUCAAAUAUGUUAGGUGGUUUUCGGGUUAAAAAAACAAUCAUCUCAGAAAAGUUAAUGUAUGAACUGAGUCAUCAUGACAAAUAGGAUUCAAGAAAGAGGAGAGCUUUAACUAUACUGUGAUCUCUGGCUAGGAGAGCCUCAGUUUCAGAGUAUCAAUGUCUACGAUGCAAGGGUUUGGCAGAAUGUGUUGGGUCCAGGGUGCCUGGGUGGCUCAGGCAGUUAAGCAUCUGACUUGAUUUUGGCUCAGAUCAUGAUCUCAGGAAGGAGAGAUGGAGCCCUGUGUCAGGCUCUGUGCUGGGCGUGGAGCCUGCUUAAGAUUCUCUCCCUCUGCCCAACCCCCCCACUCCCCUCUCCCCCCCGCACAUGCCCACAUUCACACACUCUCUUUUUCUGUCUCUUAAAAAAAAGUGGCCCGAUUUAGGGAUACCAAAUGAUAGGUACAGCUGACAGGCAGUGACAAUAGAAUAGGACUCCAUCUAUCCUAGCAGACUGCUAAAUGAGCUACCUGCUUACCUGAAAGUCACAGAGUCCAUGGCUCCUUUCUUUGGAAUGAGUUGCAUCCAUGGUUUAUGUAAGCUUUCCACUUAAGUAUGGGGCCAAAGAGGCCUCCUUAUUUAUGAUAAGGAGCUGAGAUGUGACUACUCCCUUGGUUUCAGGACUCAACAUGCAACCAGUGCUGAGGAGCAAACUCCACAUAUAAGCAAAAUCUCUUCUAUCUCUGAGGGCAGAAUUUGUAUUGUUUGCUUCCUUUGUACUUUCCUUAGUAUUUACUAGUGUUUCCUAACCACAGAAGGCAU